AUGCGAACGGACAACGGGAGUUGGGUCACAAACCCAGAAAAUGCUCUUCUAUGCAGCCAAGCGCAGAGCUGGGAGCAAACUGCCUGUGAAAAGGCCGGUUUUCCGGAUAAAGGGUCGCUUUACAAAUACCGCAAAGGGGCAGCGGUAAACCUGAGGCACCUCGACGAGCAUUCACGAAAUGCAGUUAUGGGUCAUCGAAAAGGUGGCACAUUUGCAAGUUAUGUCUCUGUGCUAGACGAUACUCAAUCUAUUUACAUGGGGACUCCAACUAGGGAUUCGUUACUUAACCUCGCGAUCCAUGCAAAUCUAAAACGGGAUGCCUCCGCGCCUCAAGACCUGACAAUUGAGCAGAAAAAGUCUCUUGAAAUGGAUAGCGAACUUCGGGAUUUGAGAAAGGCGCAGAAGUCGCUCCGGAUCACUCUCAUUGCAGAGUUUCGCCGCCUACAGAAGGCCCGUGAAGCCAAUGACGCGCGUUGGCAUGAAUUUACACGACUGCAAAACAAGAUCUGGGCACGACAGAGAAAAUUAUACAGAAAAGCCAAGAAGACCGCUCGUGAUGAAUUCUUCCAAAAUAUUGGGAACCAGAUCAUAGAGCGCAACCAUCAGGGGAAUCCCAUCAUCUUUACACCAGAUACCUCUCAUAUACAGCCGGAGAGAAGAGCUCUUUCACACCUCGAAUUUAAGAACAGAGAUGUCGAUACCGUCGGUGAUACCGAGUUACUUGAAGAUCGCAUUCAGUCCCUAGAACUACGACUCAAGCUCCACAGUCUUCAUGUACCUAAGACAUUGAAAAAGCGGAUCAAAUUCGGUCAACACGUGUCAAAAAAGGCCGGGGCAACUGAAGAUUUCCGAUGGAAACACCCAAAGAAAGCUGGGACCGAUGGGGGAUUGCUUCCAUCAAAAAGUUCUACUGGCCUUGAAUGUCCGGUGUGUCUGGGGCGCCAGGAUCUACAUCCUUCCGCCAGAACCUACCCGUAUGCACGCAAGGAUGUGCUGAAACGUCAUUUCGAGACCCACAAAUUACCAUUUGUAUUCAAGAGAGAUGAUCGGCAGUGUGAUUAUCCCGGUUGCCCGGAGGUUCUGUUUACACUGGCGCGAUACAAAAUUCAUCUUGAAGAUGAUCAUAAUAUUAGCCUGUGA